AUGGCAUUGUUCUUAAUACUCACGGCAGCUACGUAUAACUACGCUGCUCCUGCUAUCAACUUAAACGCGAACGUCGUCACAUUAGAUGAAUAUACCCUCUGUACAUUCCUUCCACGAACAGUGGGAGGUGACAUCGGCGCAAGUGAAAGUGAUGCUAUCGCAUUCUGCAGUCAAGAUAACCCAAAGUCUCCCGGCGCAAAUAUGAUUCCCCCCGGAUUUAUACAGACAUGGCACUAUGCCACCGGAGAGGGAUACGUCCAAUUCACCGGUACCAUUGAUCCAACAGCUUACGGAUUGAGUAAAACUGACGGAGGCGGUCAAUAUGAUAACCAAGGUGGUGGUUCUCCUCCAGGUGCAUCAUGUGGUGGAUACGAAAAAUUUGUGAACUUAAUUGAACCUGAUAUUGGCUAUUUCUGUAUUCGUUGCUGUUCCGAUGCCAGUCUAUGUGAAACCGGACAUAGUACUGAUGGAUGCCAAUCUAUUGUUCCUGGCAAUUACACUUAA